UAUCCUCACUUCAUCUUGAUUACUAGAGUUGUUCAUCCUCUGCCUCUGCCAUGGAGAACUCAAUAGCAAAAAGUUUGAUGGAUGCUCCAUUGUAUCUCAUGGUGUCCACUGCAAUUGCUGCAGCACUGUUUCUGCUGGUCAUAGCCAGGGCUGUGGGCUCAGGAAAGGGCCAAAAACUUCCUCCUGGAAGUUUGGGCCUGCCAUUGAUUGGGGAAACUCUGCAAUUUAUAGCAGCAUACAGAUCCCACAGAGGAAUGGAUUGGGUGAGGAAAAGGGUGACAAAAUAUGGGCCUGUUUUCAAAACAUCCCUUGUGGGCUGCCCAACAGCUGUCCUGACAGGGCAAACAGGCAACCGAUUUCUCUUCCACAAUGAUGGCAAGAAGAUUGUGAACAAGGUGCCCAAAAACUUCACAAGGAUUUUUGGGGAGAAUAUGAUUACUGAGCUCUCUGGAGAAGAUCACAAGCGUAUAAGAGGUGCUCUCAUGCAGUUCCUCAAGCCUGAGGCUCUGCAGAAGUUUGUGGGCAGAAUGGAUUCUAUUGUUCAGCAGCAUCUUGCUGAUGGUUGGGCUGGAAAAGAGAGCCUUACUGUGAUGCCAUUGACCAAGAAUCUUACUUUUCAAGUUGCUUGUGAUCUCUUCUUCAGUUUGAGAGAUAAUGAAGAGAGGGAUGUACUGGGCAAAGAGUUUAAUACAGCAGUGAAGGGCAUUUGGUCGGUUCCUUUGAACUUGCCCGGAACUACCUUCUACAAGGCCUAUCAAGCUCGUUCUCGCGUCUGCAAGCAGAUCUCCAGGCUGGUGGAGAAGAGGAGGAGAGAGUUGGAACAAGGCUUGGCUUCACCUUCCCAAGACUUGAUGUCCUGCAUGAUUACAAUGAAGGAUGAGGAGAAUAAGCCUCUUACUGAACAGGAGAUCAUUGAUAAUGUGGUGGUUGUCAUGAUUGCAGGCCAUGACACUACUUAUGCUCUUCUCACACAUCUUGUCAGAACUUUGGCACUCUAUCCAGACGUCUACGAAAACAUCGUCCAAGAGCAAAACAUGGUUUUAGAAGGGAAGCAACCAAAUGAACCUCUUAAAUGGGAAGAUAUUCGUAAAAUGAAGUAUACAUGGAAGGUCGCCCAAGAAACAUUGCGUAUGUUCCCUCCAAUUUUUGGAGGAUUCAGGAAAACAGUUGAAGAUAUUGAAUAUGAAGGCUAUAUAAUUCCUAAAGGAUGGCAGCUAUUUUGGGAGACAAGCACUUCACAUAGGAAUCCAAAGAUUUUCAAGGAACCAAAUAAAUUUGAUGAAUCUCAUUUUGACAAUCAAAUUCCAUCAUAUACUUUUACACCAUUUGGAGGAGGACCUCGAAUUUGCCCUGGCUAUGAUUUUGCAAAGAUAGAAACGAUGAUAUUUUUGCACCAUUUAGUAACCAAAUGGAAGUGGUCUUUAAAGGAUCUAAAGGAAAAAAUAAUAUGUGACCCUUCACCUAUUCCUGCUACAGGAUUACCAAUCAAGCUUCAAGCUAAGUGAGUAAAUAAAAGUAUAAUAAAAAGGUACUCCUAAAGUAAUAAAUAUUAUGACCAAUAGACUUCUAAUUAGUGGUCAUUAAUAAUGGUAUAUAUCUCCAUCCAUGGUGCUAAUGUCAUGUCAUAUUAUUGAUUUGCACCUUAUCGUAUUUAUUUUUAUUUGUAAGAAAGGUCAUGAAUGCCAUGAGUCACAUGUCUCUAAUUCUAAGUGAGUUAUAUCAUAUUCCAUUUUAAAGUUGGUUUA